CAGUCAGAACAUGCGAAUGAUGCGAUCCAACGGUCAGCGGAGAUAUUCCAAUCAUCAGGCGUGAUACCACGCGAAACACUACAUCCCCAGGAGACUGAAUCUACUAAAUCCCAAGCCCCAACCUCCAGAGUCCAGACUAUCCCUCCCUUCCUACAUACUAAAGACGGUGAGGCUCUCUCUCUCUCUCACGUAUGAAUAUACAAGGAUCUAUGAUUUGCAUUCUCUUCGUAUAGAUCGGGGAUGGCGAACUUUCUAGCUCAGUUCCAGACGAUCAAGAAUUCCUGUGAUCACCUCGUUAUUGCAGUGGAAGACGUGAGUGAUUUGUGGCCCAUUGUCAAGGAUUGGUUUGAGGAGCGGUUGCCAUUCAAAAGAGCAUCUUUAAACAACAAGACCCGUAAUCCCGUGUUUGUGGAGAAAUUGGCUGCGGAGUUCAUAUUAACAACAGAUUCAAGACUUCGUAGCCGCUUCCCUCAGGAGCAAUUGUUAUUUUGGUUUCGGGAGCCAUAUGCAACUGUUGUUCUUGUUACCUGUGAGGAUCUUGAUGAGUUCAGAACAAUUCUUAAACCACGCCUGAAGUUGAUUGUCCAGAAUGACGAGCGGGAGUGGUUUAUUGUAUUUGUGUCUAAGGCUCAACCAAAUAAUGAGAAUGCCACCAAAUCUGCGAAAAAAGUAUAUGCCAGACUUGAAGUUGAAUUUAGUUCAAAAAAGAGAGAAAGGUGCUGCAAAUUAGAUAUACACUGCCCUGAAGCAAAUUUUUGGGAAGACCUGGAGUCCAAGAUUAUGGAAUCCAUCAGAAAUACUUUGGAUAGGCGUGUACAGUUUUAUGAGGAUGAGAUACGCAAACUCAGUGAACAAAGAUUCAUGCCAGUCUGGAACUUCUGUAAUUUUUUUAUCUUGAAGGAAAGCCUGGCUUUUAUGUUUGAGAUGGCUCAUCUUUUUGAAGAUGCAUUACGAGAGUAUGAUGAACUAGAACUCUGCUAUUUGGAAACAGUCAAUAUGAUUGGGAAACAGAGAGACUUUGGAGGAGUAGACCGUGGUGAUGAUCAGGCAGUAUUGCUUAAUCCUGGAAACAAACCGUUGACACAAAUUGUUCAAGAUGAUUCGUUUCGGGAGUUUGAAUUUAGGCAGUAUCUCUUUGCCUGUCAAUCAAAGCUUCUGUUUAAGCUGAAUCGCGCCUUUGAGGUUGCAUCAAGGGGUUAUUCAUUCAUAAUAAGCUUCUCAAAGGCCCUGGCACUGCAUGAGAAUAUACUGCCCUUUUGUAUGCGUGAAGUUUGGGUAAUAACUGCUUGCUUGGAUGUAGUCAAUGCAACUGCUUCUCAUUAUGUUGAUGGACUCGUGGCACCUGAUAUAGAAAAGGAGUUCUACCGACUUCAGGGUGACCUUUAUUCACUGUGCCGGGUUAAGUUCAUGAGGCUUGCAUAUUUAAUUGGUUAUGGAACAGAGAUAGAAAGAAGUCCUGUCAACAGUGCUUCACUCAGCAUGCUUCCUUGGCCUAAGCCAGCAAUUUGGCCUUCAGUCCCUCCUGAUGCUUUAUCUGAGGUUUUUUCAAAGGAAAAGAUGAUUCUCCAAGAAACUCGUAGAGUCAAGCACUUCGGUAUUCAAAGGAAACCAUUGCCUCUUGAACCUUCCCUUCUUUUGCGUGAGGCUAAUAGACGAAGGGCUUCUCUUUCUGCUGGAAAUAUGUUUGAAAUGUUUGAAGGUCGCCCAGUUUUUAAUGAAGGAUCAGGUUCAGAAGCAUCCACAAAGAUGUCCCCAUCACAAAAAGUCCGUUCAGGUGUUAUGUCACGCACUAACUCUUCACCAGGAAAUUUUGAGAGCGCAAUUGACCGACCUAUGAGACUUGCUGAGAUUUAUAUUGCUGCUGAGCAUGCUUUGCAGCAUACAAUUUCUAAUCCCAGUCUAUGGAAAUCUUUAUCAGCUUUAGAGGAGUUUGAGCAAAAAUAUCUCGAGCUAACUAAAGGUGCUGCUGAUAAUUACCAUCGCUCCUGGUGGAAAAGACAUGGAGUUGUCCUUGAUGGUGAAAUAGCGGCUGUCUGCUUCAAACACAGAAAUAUUGAUCUGGCAGCAAAAUCAUAUGAGAAGGUUUGUGCCCUGUAUGCUGGUGAAGGAUGGCAGGAUUUAUUGGCUGAAGUCCUACCCAAUUUAGCAGAGUGUCAGAAGAUACUUAAUGAUGAAGCUGGUUACCUAUCAUCUUGUGUGAGAUUGCUUUCACUAGACAAAGGCUUAUUUUCGUCCAAGGAACGCCAAGCUUUUCAGUUGGAAGUUGUUAAUCUUGCACACAGCGAAAUGAAGAACCCUGUACCCUUAGAUGUAUCUUCUUUAAUUACGUUUUCAGGCAAUCCUGGGCCCCCACUGGAGCUGUGUGAUGGGGAUCCUGGUACCUUAUCUGUGACUGUUUGGAGUGGCUUUCCUGAUGAUAUAACUCUUGAUUCACUCAGUCUCACGUUGAUGGCUACAUCUAAUGGUGAUGAGGGUGUGAAGGCAUUAAGGAGCACUUCUGCUACUGUUCUAGAGCCUGGUCGGAAUAAUAUUACCCUGGAUCUACCCCCUCAAAAACCAGGUUCCUAUGUCUUGGGAGUUCUCACUGGGCAGAUUGGGCACUUGCGGUUUAGAUCUCAUAGUUUUUCCAAGGGUGCCCCUGUAGACGGUGACGAUUUUAUGAUUUAUGAAAAGCCUACUAGACCUAUCUUGAAGGUUUUCAAGCCAAGAGCUCUGGUUGAUCUUGCGGCAGCUAUUUCAUCUGCUUUGCUAAUAAAUGAACCUCAGUGGGUUGGAAUCAUAGUACGGCCAAUGGACUACUCCCUCAAAGAUGCGGUAUUGCAGAUAGAUACCGGUCCAGGUCUAGCAAUUGAAAAGUCCCAUGUCAUUGAGAUGGAGAGUUAUGCUGAUGUGUCACAGAGCGCUGCUGACGUGGGAAAGUCUGAUGCUGCUCACAAAAAUGGUUCUUUGGCCAUUGAUAAACAUUUUGAGCAGUUGAGACUCAAUGAUGGCAGGAUAGUGUUUCCGGGUUGGGCAAACAAUGUUACUUCUGUUCUGUGGAUUCCAAUACGUGCCAUUAGUGACAGGCUUGCAAGAGGCUCGUCUUCAGUUUCCCCUCAGAGGCAGAGUAUUGUGGAUGGAAUGAGGACAAUAGCUCUAAAGCUUGAAUUUGGAGUAUCUCACAACCAGAUAUUCGAGAGGACCCUAGCUGUCCAUUUUACUGACCCUUUCCAUGUGAACACACGCAUUGCAGAUAAAUGCAAUGAUGGAACUUUGCUUCUGCAGGUGAUACUACAAUCAGAAGUGAAGGCCACAUUGACCAUUUAUGAUGCUUGGCUUGAUCUUCAAGAUGGGUUUGCUCAUACUAGAAAAGGUGAUGGGAGGCCAAAUCCAGGCUUCAUCCCGCUUGUCAUUUCUCCUAAUUCUAGAGCAGGAAUCCUGUUCAGCAUAUGCUUUGAGAUGUCAAAUGCAGAAGAGGAAGCCAAAGCACCACAACCUGAUAGCAUAUUAAAUAUCAGAUAUGGUAUUUCUGGCGAUAGAACUAUUGGAGCACAUCCACCUGCCGUUGAAUCUCCUGGACCUGAGGUUGUUAGACAGGAUUUGAUCUUCAGGAGUGCUCUUGUUUUGAAGAGGCCUGUGCUUGACCCGUGCCUGGCUGUUGGUUUUCUUCCUCUUCGUUCUGGUGGCCUCAGAGUUGGUCAACUUGUUAACAUGAAAUGGAGGGUUGAGAGGUUAAAAGACUUCGAGGAGAAUGAGGUUUUGAAAGACGAUGACGAGGUGUUAUAUGAAGUCAAUGCAAAUUCAGAUAAUUGGAUGAUUGCUGGUAGGAAAAGAGGGCAUGCGUCUCUCUCCAUGAAGCAAGGUUCAAGAAUAGUUAUCACAAUAUUGUGCGUGCCGCUGGUGGCGGGUUACGUUCGUCCUCCACAACUUGGACUGCCAGAUGUAGAUGAGGCUAAUAUAAGUUGCAAUCCUGCCGGGCCCCACCUUGUCUGUGUCUUGCCUCCAGCUCUCAGCUCCUCCUUCUGCAUUCCAGCAUGAUUACUUGGCACCCUAAUUUCAAAUGUCCAGGUCAUUACAAUCUACCACUCUAUAUGGUUGGACAAGUUUUUCUUUUCAACAGGAAUUACGCUUAUACAGAUAAUUCUGGGCACCCGAUUUUGAUUACCGAGAUGUUUGUGAAGCUGAAUUUGUUGAGUUUAAUGGAAAAUCCAGAAAGGUUUGUUCAAUUUAGAUUGGCUUAGGUUGUUCUUUGAUUCUUCUAAACAUCUUGCAUCCCUGCUCAUGUACAGUAGGUUUCGGCACUUUCUUUCCAUGUAAAAUACAUUGUAGAGCUUAACAAGCACAUAAAUUUCUUCAGUUUCUGAUGCAUGAUUUUAUAUGAUUGAAA